GCUUGGAUGCACAGAAGUAGUAAUCAGAUUAUUGAUCUCCUUGAUUCUAAAAUUAUAUAACUAGAGGCAAGAAUAGUUUAGCAUGUGAAUCAUUUAACAUGCCAUGUUAGGUUUUGAAAAUUCGUGACUAACGGGGUUUUUCACAGCCAUGGCAGAAAAACGUCCCUCUUCCCAAUCACCCUCAGCAGACUAUGAGGAUACCCGUUCGCAGCUGCUCGAGUACUUCGACGACAUCUUCAAGUGCACGAUCUGUCUGAUCAAGCUGCAGGAUCCGCACCUGUGUCCUCGCUGCUCGAAACUGUACUGCUUCGGUUGCAUCUCGGAAUGGCUGCUGUCCGAGUCGGAGCAGCACAUGAACUGUCCGAACUGCAAGCUCGACCUUCAGCUGGACAAGCUGGUGAAAGUACGCUGGUUCGAGGAGGUGGAACAUCUACAGCGCAACUGCCUUGAACCGAAACCAACUACCAGCAGCAACAGGGGCAACAAAGCCGAUACCUCUGCCGCCGACGCCGCUAGUACCCAUCAAGACGGUAAUAACGGUGGCGUCACGAAGAAGGACAUUUGUGCUAAGCAUGUGAAAAAUAUGAACUUUUACUGCUGCACGUGUAAGGUUUGCGUAUGCGACGAAUGUGCCGUCGUUGAUGAGCACCAUCUAGAUCAUACCUUCAAGAGUUUGGACGUAAUUUACGAUGGAAGCGUGCAGAUUGCGGAAGAGGAGUUCGAGAAGGUUCGACAUUAUAUGAAGAAAAUCGGAGCCCUGGUGGAAAAGGUAGACCGCAAUGUCGAGCUAGUUAAAAAAGUCAAAGAAGAGAAGCUGAAGGAGAUUCGCGCCAUUGCCGAAAGCGCAAUCGAAGGGCUCGACAGACAAGUACGCGAAAAAGUACAAAAACUUCAGGGACACAAAUACUCGCUGCUGGCCGAGAUGCAGGACGUAGAAAAAUCGCUACGAAGCAUGGAGCUCGAACUGAUGGCUUGUUCCAAGUCGCAGUUUAUUGCAAAAAAGUCAAAACUGUUUAAGGAGUGUAAUAAAAUUCGAAUGAAUCCGAUCAAGGAUUUCAAGCAGAUCCGAGUGCCUGUUAGCCUGAAAAUUGAAGUUCCAACGAUCAACGAAACUGGCAUUUUCGUGAUAGAAAACUUUUCUUCGUUCGAUGACAACAAGGUUGCUUACUCGAAUGAAUUCGCCGACAAUUUCGGUCACAUUUGGCGCAUAAUGGUAUGGUGUGUGAUCUCCGAAGAUCAGCUUGGCAUUUACAUUGAGCUGGUUGAGGGACAACCCUGUCGGAUGGAAUGCCGUUUUCAGCUGCUCCACACCGAUGCGAAAAAGGUUAUCCACAAACAGAUUAAACAGUACUUUGAUUGUGGUGCCCAGAAGGACUGGGGCUUCCGAGAUUUCAUUGCUCUGAAAACCAUACUCGAUGAAAGUUACUUGAAGGAGGACGAUUCGCUUGAGUUACUGUAUCACAUCCGACCCUGUAACGGGGAUUGUGAGUGAUUUGGAUAAGUUGCUCGUAGUGUAAUUUUGUUGAGUGAUAGGCUGCAUAAUAAAUUGCCAAAGUAGCUAACGUA